AUGCGAAAACCAUCACUUCGAGCGCGGGCUUGGAUCUCUGACAUCUGCUAUGCACUCCUUGUCCUUGUUACCGGUUGUUUCUUUGCCAUAUCAUGUGCCUUGUUGUUGUCGCAGGCCAUCAGAACUUCACCUGUCAGGUCUUGGACAAACGACUGGGAUGCUGUAAUCAUUGCAGCAACAUACUUGCUUGUGUGCAUCAUAUCCAUCGCCCUCUGUGUGAAACGGCGAAUUGCAGUGCGUCGCCGAUUGCAGAGGAUUGCGAAGACGCACUAUUCGAUCGUUAGGAAGGAGGUUCCUCAGCCCGUUCAUGAGUAUAUUUCACAAGAAUUUGCGCGUUCUUGCUUGGUGGCAUAUGAAUCACAGCCAUGCAACACAGUCCACAGUGGGUGGGGUAGACCAGGAACUAGACUUAGCGGUAUUCGUUUUCGACGCGCUCUUCUUGAUACGAUCGCGGAAAUUGACGCCCGAGCACGUCUCGUUAUACCCAGUCAUCCAAAUUUGAAACCCCAUGCACGCAUGCUGCAUCAUUUCAGGUUUCUUCUACCACUCCUGCCAAAGGAUGAAGAUGGCCUCUCGGAAUUGCAUUACUACGAUUCAGCCAUACAACUUGCGCGAACGGUAGACAGGGAACCGACGGAAGAAGAAUAUCAGCGGGGAAUGAACGCUGUUGCUUCCAUUUUACAGAUGUUGUGGGAGUGCAGGUCGGAGAUGCUGGAAGAGUCCAGGAUGCAAACGAAUAGAUGA